GGUGGUAAGUGAUGUGCACCACACUUCGUUGGCUUCCAGUCAAUUGCAGACAACAAGAUGAGCGACCAAGCCGUGGAAGCGUUCGGCAGCGUGGAGCAGACCCUAGCGGCUGUGGAGGAGCACCUCGCUGUUUUCAAGCAGACGUCUAUGGAGGAGUUUGUAGCAACCUUAAGCCCUUUGGAGCGUGCGAAGGUUCAGGUCUCGCUGGCCUACACUAUCAAUGCAUUGCUGUUCGUUUUCUUGAAGACGCAAGGCGUUUCUCCCAAGGACAUUCGACAGACUCACGUCAAGCAGGAGCUGGAGCGCGUAAAAGCUUUUAUUAAGAAAAUUAAGGACGCGGAGGAGCUAGCCAAGGGACCUAAACUUGUGCUCGACAAGGACGCCUCGAAGCGCUUUAUUCACAAUGCGCUGAGCUCCGAUCAAGUGUACGUGGACGCAGUGAAGGCCAAAAAGGGGGAGGACGAGAGCAAGGAUGCGGAAAAGGAAACACAAACGAAAUCAGAAGGCAAAGGAAAGCGGGCGGCCUCCAAAUCCGCCGGCAAGAGAAAUAAGCGCCAACGGAAACGCUAGUCUACGUCCAUGUACCACCCAGCGUAGAGCACCGAAAAUCACUAUUGCAUUUAUACGUUUAUUGUGCAAGCUGCCACCUUCUCACAAGUUUUGUCAGACGUAGUUAUACACGCACUUGAUCUGCUGA